ACUGUUUCCUCCGAUCUCCGAUUGGUCUUCUAGAGAAGAAGGCCGGAAGCGUCAGCGUGUUCCCUGGAUGCUGGUUGGUGGACAGGGGUGGGCUGCGGGAGCGCGGGAGUCGGCGCGGGCGUUCGAACCGGCGCUUGGCGGCGUUGCCAUGGGGAUCCUGGCCGCUGCUACAGGCUCGUGGGUUGACUGGACGCUCAGGUUGGCUGCCUUUGGGCUGUCUUCUCUCUGCGUCUUCUCUUGUCUUCAGCCAGGGCUGACCGAGGAGGAGUUUGGAAGUCCCCAAGAAACUAUCCCAGUUUUAAACUUGAAGAAGCUGAGGCCCAGAGAUGUUAAUGAAUUUGGCCAAUGUAUUGCACCUGAUUCUUGGCAGAGCCUGACUGGAUCCUGGAUCUUUUGCUUCCUAAUCUGAAUUUUUAGAAAUCUACUCACAAAAAUGGCAUCCUGGUUAUAUGAAUGUCUUUGUGAAGCUGAACUUGCACAGUAUUAUCCUCAUUUUACUGCCCUUGGCCUUCGGAAAAUAGAUGAAUUAGCCAAGGUUACAAUGAAGGACUACUCCAAAUUGGGAGUCCAUAACAUGAAUGACCGCAAACGUCUCUUCCAACUUAUCAAAAUUAUCAAGAUUAUGCAGGAAGAAGAUAAAGCAGUCAGUAGCCCAGAGCAUCCUCUUCAAACAAGCAGCCUGUACAUCAAGCCUCAGAAAUCCAGGUCUGGCCCUCGCAGGCAACUGCGUUUUGAUUCUCCUAUUGACGACAAAGACAGAACGACUGGCAACAGUGGAUUUGAAAUGUGCAAUUUAUCAGAUUUCUCUGCAAAUGAACAGAAGUCUAGUAGCCUAAAAGUGCUGGAGCACAUGUUACCAGAUGAUUCCCAGUACCAUACAAAAACAAGAAUUCUGAGUGCCACAGCUGCAGAUUCCUAUGUGCAAACAGAAAUGAACACUGAACUCUUAUCAUCAAAUCAUUUUUCUCCAAUACUGGGGGAUUAUGAUAUUCCCAUUAUUCAAAGAGUCUCUCAUGUUUCAGGGUAUAACUAUGGAAUCCCUCAUUCUUGUAUCAGACAGAAUACCUCAGAGAAAGAGAAUCCUUGGACCGAGAUGGAGAAAAUCAGAGUGUGUGUUCGAAAACGUCCUCUGGGUGUGAGGGAGGUACGUCGUGGAGAAAUUAAUAUCAUCACUGUGGAAGACAAAGAAACCUUACUUGUGCACGAGAAGAAAGAAGCAGUUGACCUCACACAAUAUAUUCUGCAGCAUGUUUUUUAUUUUGAUGAAGUCUUUGGUGAAGCGUGCACCAAUCGGGAUGUAUACAUGAAGACUACUCACCCACUAAUUCAGCAUAUUUUCAAUGGAGGCAAUGCCACUUGCUUUGCAUAUGGACAGACAGGUGCUGGAAAGACCUAUACCAUGAUAGGAACUCAUCAGAACCCAGGACUGUAUGCUCUGGCUGCUAAAGAUAUCUUCGGAAAACUAGAAGUGUCCCAGCCAAAAAAGCGUCUCUUUGUGUGGAUCAGUUUUUAUGAAAUCUACUGUGGACAGCUUUAUGACCUCCUAAAUCGAAAAAAAAGGCUUUUUGCAAGAGAAGACAGCAAGCAUGUGGUACAGAUAGUGGGACUUCGAGAGCUUCAGGUGGAUAGUGUGGAGCUCCUUUUAGAGGUGAUCUUAAAGGGCAGCAAGGAACGCAGCACUGGGGCCACCGCAGUUAAUGCAGAUUCUUCUCGCUCCCAUGCUAUCAUCCAAAUUCAGAUCAAAGAUUCAGCCGAGAGAACGUUUGGCAGGAUCUCUUUUAUUGACUUGGCUGGCAGUGAAAGAGCAGCAGAUGCCAGAGACUCAGAUAGACAGACAAAGAUGGAAGGCGCAGAAAUAAACCAGAGUCUUCUGGCUCUGAAGGAAUGUAUCCGAGCACUGGAUCAGGAACACACCCACACUCCCUUCAGGCAAAGCAAGUUAACUCAGGUCCUGAAGGACUCUUUCAUUGGUAAUGCCAAAACCUGCAUGAUUGCCAACAUCUCACCAAGCCACAUGGCCACUGAGCACACUCUGAAUACCUUGCGCUAUGCUGACCGGGUGAAAGAACUAAAGAAAGGCAUCAAAUGUUGUGCUUCAGCUACCACUCGAAAUCAGACGUCUGGAAACUCCUCUCCAAAACGAAUUCAGAACUCCCCUGUGGCCCUGCCAGGGGACAAGUGUUCUCCCAAAAAAGUCAAGCUAGGACUUCAGCUGUCACUCACAGCGACAUCUGGCUCCACGAGAGGGAAAGCCCAGCCUCUGGCUGGUCACCCACCCAACAUCCCAUUUCCUUCUGUGCCUAAGGCCUCUGGUAGAAGGGGUGGUUCCAGAGGGAGUCCUCCCCAAGAGUGGGUCAUUCAGACUAGCCCAGUCAAAGGAACCAUGGGGUCUGGACAUUUGGCCAAAAAAAAGGCAGAAGAAUCGGUACCAUUGUGCUCUGAGAAAAAUCAAAUCAGCAACAAAACUGCCCUUGGGUGGGGAAGCAGGGCUCCUAGGCCAGGAGAAAGCCUGGUGUGUGGUAAGCUGCCUGCCAAGUGCAAGAAAGUGCAGACUGUGCAGCCAGUGCAGAAGCAGCUUGUGUCCCGAGCUGCGCUCUCCUUUGGCGACCUCCACCACUUAGCAGAGCAGAGUCAGGACAGCAAGGGGUGCGCCCUCGCCAGGCCUGCCUCCGAAGCUUGGACACACGUCCCCCCACAUCAGAAAGAGAGGGAGGAACAUUUGCGCUUUUAUCACCAGCAAUUUCAGCAGCCACCUCUCCUCCAACAGAAGUUUAAGUACCAACCACUGGAAAGGCUUUUAUGCCAGUACAGGCCCCAAGAAGGUCUGCUCCCGAAUGAGACUGCCCCUCCAUUCCGCUCUUAUUCUGAGAGCCAUGACGGGACCCAAGCUGAAGACCUUGAUGACAGCGAUUUCAGUGAGGAUUCUUUUUCACAUGUCUCCAGUCAGAGGACCGCAAAGCAAAGAAACACGCUGGAGAAUAGUGAAGACUCGUUUUUCCUUCAUCAGGGGGAGCAGGGUGCUGAGGAGCAGGUGGCUGAAAGGCAGCAGAGUCUAUUUUUUAGCCCCAGAACAGAUGGUGACAAGAAGGAUCUAACUGAAAGCUGGAUGUGCUCGAGGGACCCCACGAGUUCCGGAACAGCAGUGCUUGAUCACGGCUGCAGCCCAAGUCAGGUGCCCUUGGACUGGAGCAGAGAGGGGGACUCCAGCUCCUCAGUGAUUUCUCCCAGGAGCAACUUGGCAGAAAAGCCUUACUGCUCACAGGUAGAUUUUGUAUAUACCCAAAAAAGGAGUGGAGAUCCAACCUUUGAUCUCAGGCAGGAUGCCUUCAGAAGUAAGGUUCCUGGGCAGGUUAAGGGCAGCUUACCAUCACCAGAAGAGGACAGUUUCAUUGUCUCACUGUCCCACAUUGCAGUUCCUGGGUCCCCAAACCAAAGACACACAGUCACCACACCUUUGACAGAAGUCAGCCAAGAUAGCCCAACUCUAAUGACCAGAACAGUGAAAAAUAAUGACCCUUGCCAAGGAGAAGACUCUGGCGGAGAAUCAGGCACAUGCUCUGAAUAUGCUUCUGGACUUAUGGCUCCCCUCUCGGUGUCCCUCCUGGAGAACCCAGACAAUGAGGGCUCACCUCCCUUGGGGCAUAUGGUACAGGAUGGGGCUACCCGAGGUCUAGAGGCAGAGGGCACCGGAAGGUCAGUUGUAGGCCUCAGAGUGUCAUCUGAUGAUCAAGAGGCAACUGGGCGCCUGUGGCUCUCUUCUUCUCCCCCUGACAAUAAGCCUGGUGGUGAUCUUCCAGCUCUGUCCCCAUCACCCAUCCAUCAGCACCCACCUGACAAGCUGUCCAACAAGGAUGCUGACCUGGGAGAGGCCUGCCAGGGCAGAGAGACUGCACUCUUCUCCCAGGACCACACAGGUAGCGAGCAGUACGAUGCUGACGCUAAGGACCCAGAACUAGGCGUGCCCUGGAGUUUCCCAGGAAAGCCCUUCCCCACUACACACAUUGGGAGACCUCACUCUGGGCCUCUGCUCACCCCACAGACAGGAAGCAGUGAUGUGGCCAACCAGCGCUGGGCCCAGGAGAGAAAAAACCUGGCAGGGCAGGGUUGGCAGGAACUGGCUUUGUCCACAGACACCAUCAAGUUGUCCUGCUACGAUGAGGACAAACACAUGCUCAAAUGCAGGCCGAUCCCAAGGUGCUUAGCAAGGCCAGGCUGUGCCCUGGUCCCCAGCUGCUCUGCCAAGAUUUCAGGGAUACCCCAUGAGCCCACCCUGGGGCAAGCACAGCAGGUGGUGAUCCGAGCACACCAGGAACAGCUGGAUGAGAUGGCUGAGCUGGGCUCCAAGGAGGAGACCCUGAUGAACCAGGUGACUUGUGAUGAUUUUGAAGAUUUUGUGACCCAGUUGGAUGAAAUCAUGGCUCUGAAAUCCAAGUGCAUCCAGAGUCUGAGGAGCCAACUGCAGCUAUACCUGGCUUGCCACAGGCUGGCUGCAGCCGAGAGGACGGUGGUGUCCUAGAGCCACAUCCUGUACAGGAGAGUGGGGGCAAUACAGGAGCCUGUGCUGGGCUCUCGGGCUGGAGGCCUCUGCCAGGCCCUCCCUGCAUGUACCAGGACCCACACCCUGGUCCUGCCCAUGCUAGCCUCGCCUCAGCCACACAGGGCCGUGGAUAGGCCCCCCAGCUCCUCCCUUAGGGGCAGACCUGUCCCUCCUCAGCUCUAAGCACAGGAGCAUCUAUAAAGAAGGAAGGACCAGGCUGAAGAACUUAAUGCAAGUCCUUUUCUGUGGCAGGGAGGCUAGAAGAGUUUGUCUGUACUUAUUGUAAUUGUCUCUCAGAACACAUUUGGGUCUGGUAACCUGGCAGAUGCUUCUGAGUUUGGGGAUCAGAGGAGGGAGUGGUCAGUGUUAACCUGUCAGAGGUCACAAACUGGGGAAGGCAACAUGCUGAGCCCAGGGGCUCUAUCAACUGAAUUGUCUUUUUUCAAGAUUUGGCAAAAAAAACCAAAACAUUGUUAAUGAGUUGCUGGGGGCUGAGGGGCGAGCUCUCCCCCACCAGCCUUUGGGGAUUGUUUGAUUUGGGGCUUUAGGUUCGCUUCUGAAAAUGUAGUAAAAUGAAUAAAUCUUGACUUGAUGUGUCUUUAACAGUAGAUGUUACACCUCUAACCCCAGGUUUGUGCUUAUAGUUCCCCUCCCUGCCUGCAGCCCAGCAUUGAGACAAAAGCGUGUGCCCUGUCUCUGCAUUAUUCUUCCCCCAUCUCUGACUUUUGCCUGAUUGACAGCCUGUGUCCAAGUCCAGCCAGGCAUCGUGUGCCUGUGGCGGUUCGUGGCUCCUGUCUGAGGCGCCUCACCCCUAAGCCCCAUUUUGGCACAAGGUGGGGCCUACUUCUCUGUGUUUGAGAUACUUUCUAGGGCUGAAGAGUUGAAGAGCUGGAGGACCUUGGGCAAGUCUGUCGCCUAGCCUCACCUUCAUCCAGGAUGGCCCCAGCCUCAAGGGACUCAAGGGACUGUGUUCAGUAUCUUGACAGUGUUCUAGUCAGUAGUCUGAGACCUCUGAAACAGAAUCUACACACUCACACACACAAGCCCUCAUCUGAGUUCUGCUUGCUGUGUCUAUUUUUAGCAGGAAGUAGCUCAAGACAGAAUACAAAGCAGCCACCAGGUGCCAAUCACUUUCCAAAGCCAUCUGGGGUCAAAGUGAGUUUCAUGUGCCACACAGCCUUGGUCCUGAUGCCUAUAUGUGAAACUUUAAUUUCUUUCAGGUAAAGGAUAAUUUUUUUUUUUUUUUUCAGAAGAAACCAUUUUAUUUUUUUCCAAAGGAAAAAAAGCUGUGUAAAUAUUAGAGUAUAAAACUUGCGCAAGACACAGGAAGGAGGUGGGGUGAGGAACUACGUGACUAUGCAAAGAGAAGCACUUAACAGGAGUCAGUACAGGGGAGGGGGUCGUCGCAUUGUGUGGACACAGCACAAAACACAGCAUGGGCUGCCGCAGGCAGGUUCAAGGACACACGGCUGCACAGAGCCCGCUGCCCACUACCCACUCACCAUCAUGUAGGAACACCAUACUACACUGUUGGCUAUUCUGCACCAGUCAGAAGACUAAGGGGUUGCUACACUAUUGUAAAGGCUGGGGUGGAGUUCUUUGAACGGGACCCAGAAGGGGGUGGGCAGAGGAAGGUCUGUAUACAAGGAGGUAUUCGGGGACUUGAACCAGGCUCUAGCCACUGGAGGGUAGUCUGGGGGCCUGAACAGUGGCCUUCACAGAGAAGAAACGGCACCUGGCAACGUGAAGGACGUUGGGGAUCGCAGAGGCACUGUGAAGAAGUCCCAAUUCUGGGCUGAGACUUUCUACUUACUCCUUGUCUCCUCAACUCAGGGACCAAGAAUGGCCUAACUGGCCUCCCUCAAUGCUGGGACACCACUGGACCAUUCCACCAGCAGCACCUCUGGAAUAUCCAGCACCCACAGAGGCCCUUCUGACCUCUCCAGGGGACCUGGUCCUGCACUCAUUCAGAGCUUCCUCGGACUGUAAUGCCGGUUUAAAUCCAUUGGUCCUGGUAGCUCAACCCAAAGUUUGCUUGCCUGGGAUGAGCCCUAUAUGUGGGAGUGGGGUUCCAGCAUGGUGCUUGUUUUAUGGUGGAAUUUGGGGACCUGCUCAGUGUCCUGGGGAUGUAGUGUCUCCUGUAGGACCCUGUUAACUAAUGGUCAAGGUUUGUCCUUUCCUCCCUUUCUCCCCACUCCCCAUCCACAUACAUACCCUUUCCUUCUUCAUCUCAACACCUCAUACUGUCUUGGAACACGCAAUGGAGUCUCUUUGUUUGGGGAGGUGGUGGGGAAGCCACAGCAUGCAGUGGGAACACCAAUGAAAAACAAAAGACUGGUCCCCAGGGUGUUAGGAAGAAGCUUGGUAGCAAAAUGCCCUCCCUAAAUCCUGCAUUCAUCAGUACCAUGGGGAUGGUGACCAUGACCCCCAAAGCUUGAGCUUAGUCUCAGGCUUGGGAAGGAGGUUAAGGGACUGGCACCAAACCAUGCUUUGGGGUAAGUUUGAGAGUUGGAGAGGCCAAGAGGUCAAGGUGCCCUCCCAACUCUUCAGAACUAUGAGUCUUUAUACGUCACCUGGUACCUCAAUACCCCAGUCAUCUUAAGAGGAGCUAUUGAAGAAGUGGGGUGGCAUGGGUAGGUAGGAGAUAAGCAGGGGAUGGAUGGCCUGAUUGAAUUUGGAAGAUGGAGUUCAGCUAUAACUACAGGGGGUGUGAUGCAUGUUCUAGGUUUCUACACUAACCCACCACCCCCAUGGGCACAGUGACUGAUUGGAUGGGGGUUCUCAGAACUCCCUUCGCAUGUUCAGCCUCCUGGGGGGGGGGGAGGGGUGUUAACUGGACACUUAUUUCUGUUUCCCAAGAGGAUUGUGGCCUUGGCCUCUACCAGCUUUGUGUAGGUAGCCCUGAAAUUCUGAGGCCUGGGUACAGGUACGGAGAGGUUGGACUGGUUGGGGAGGGAGGCUGCCCUAUGGCUCCAGGCCUGACCUUGUUACUCUUCGUUCAACUUCUUGCUGUUGCCACCUGCCAGGGCCUUGCCAUCCCGCUUGCCAGCUUCGUUAGUCAGUGUGGCAUUGCUGCCAGGGAUGUGCUGCAGAGUAAACAGGGACCCAUAUCGGGCACUCAAGCCCACGGUGCCAGUGCCCCCUCCCCAGGCAGAACUCCCAUCAGCAGUUUCACUGGUGGAAGCCAAGAUCAUGACUGAAGCAUCUCUGCUGUCAAACUGGUUGUUGAGCCAGGUGCUGGUUUCAUCGCCAUUUUGGAAGCGUGGUCUCUUGAGGGACAGAGCAGACAUAAAUGCAAGCCUACCCGCCAUGAGAGCAACAAGCGAGAUCAGACCCCCCCAAGAACAGUGAGGGUGGGAAACAGGAGAGAUUGCCCCAGAACUCAAGGAUAAUUUUUUAAGUUUUUAAAAGGAAGGCUUAAUUAAAAAGUCAGGAACCAAACCCACUGCUGUCAGGUCAAUUCUGAUUCAUGGCAACCCUAUAGGACAGAGCAGAACUGCCCCAUAGUUUCCAAGGAAUGCCUGGUGGAUUUGAACUGCUGAUCUCUUGGUUAGUCGCUGUAGCUCUUAACCACUACACCAUUAAAAACCUAAAAACCAAACCCACUGCCGUCAAGUCAAUUCCGACCCGUAGGGACCCUACAGGACAGAGUAGAACUGCCCCACAGAGUUUCCAAGGAGCGCCUGGCCGAUUUGAACUGCCGACCUCUUGGUUAGCAGCUCUAGCACUCCUGCCACUAGGGUUUCCAAAAAUGGCCAGGACAGGGGGCUAAAUAAAUAGCUCUCUGAGCCUGUAGCAGCCUGGCCCACCACCCUUUGGCAGUCUCUAGCUGUGCCUUACCUGACCAGCAGAGGGUGCUGUGCUUCUAGUUUGGUCUAAGGCUCUACAGCCCCUUCUCACACAACCAGUCAUCAAAAUUAAGAGAUAUACCCUAACCAAGACCCCAAGUAUAUAUUAAGUAUAAGGACAAGAUACUUAAAAGGGAUGAAGUCAGUUCCAUAGGAUACAAAAGCACUGCUCAGGCCUGGUGAGGCAAUUUAAACCCAGUCCUGCCUGUCACACAGAGCACAUAAAUGCCUGAUGCUAUUCACAGGAGAAAGGACCCCUUCCUCAUUUCUGUCCCUGCUCCACAGUCUUUCAGGGAGGAAUAUGCCCUUGGUCUAGAGACUGAGCUAGGUCAGGGGCGAGCAGUGUUUGCAAACCAAACACUAAGGCUGACUGGAGGGCUAGAGUCUGGGUCCCAUAAAUGUAGAGUGGGAAGAAAGUAAUGACAAAAUGGUUAGGUUCUGUUCCGUCCCUUUACCACCAUGCCUCUCAUUAAAACAGCCCUUAUAAAAAAGACAGUUAAGAAAGUUAUCACAGCAAGAUGCACCUU